AUGACCCCCCCCACCCCCCCACCCUCAUCCGCACCAACCUUCUUUUUUUCCUGUAGGGUGCUGUGCAAUGAUAUCCUCAGCCUGAAGGUGGCGGGAGAUCCAGUUCUAACCCCUCACUCAGUGUGCCUGAGGCUGGCAGGCCUCAGCAAGCGUCAGAUGCGGAUGUGUGUGCGCAACCCCGACGUGACGGCGUCGGCCCUGCAGGGGAUCCAGGUGGCCCUCCACGAAUGCCAGCACCAGCUCCGGGACCAGCGCUGGAACUGCUCCUCACUGGAGGGAUUUGGCAAACUGCCCCACCACAGCACCGUGCUCAACAGGGGUUUCCGAGAGAGCGCCUUCUCCCUGGCCCUGCUGGCGGCGGGCGUGGCCCACUCUGUGGCCUCGGCCUGCAGCAUGGGCAAGCUGCGGGGGUGCGGCUGCGAGGCCAAGCGCCGCCAGGACGAUGACAAGAUCCGGCUGAAGCUCAGCCAGCUGCAGCUGCAGGCCCUGCAGAAGGGAGGGGCGGGCCUGGACGUGGCCCGGCCGCUGCCCCCGGAGCUGAGCGCCCACCACGCCGGCCACCUGCCCGCCGGCCUGCGCUCCGGCCACCCGCCCGCCUCGCUCAAGCCCGCCUCCGACCAGCUGAGCUCCAUGCAAGACACCUGGGAGUGGGGGGGCUGCAGCCACAACCUGCGUUUCGGCGACCGCUUCUCCAGGGACUGGCUAGAUUCCCGAGGGUCGCCACGAGACAUCCACGCCCGCAUGAGGAUACACAACAACCGCGUGGGGCGACAGAUAGUGACUGACAACAUGACAAGGAAGUGCAAAUGCCACGGAACGUCGGGGAGCUGUCAGUUCAAGACCUGCUGGCACGUGUCUCCAGAGUUCCGGCUCGUGGGAUCUCUGCUCAAGCAAAAGUUCCUGUCAGCCAUUUUUGUCAACUCCCAGAACAAGAACAAUGGGGUUUUCAACCCCCGGACGGAGAACAGCGCCGGCGGGAGCCCCGGGGGGUUCGGCGGAGGGCGCCGGCGGAGCAUGUCCCGAGAGCUGGUGUUCUUCGAGAAGUCCCCGGACUUCUGCGAGCACGACGCGUCCGUCGAUUCCCCGGGCACCCAGGGGCGCAUCUGCAACAAGACCAGCUACAGCACGGACAGCUGCGGCUCGCUGUGCUGCGGCCGCGGCCACAACAUCCUGAAGCACACGCGCAGCGAGCGCUGCAACUGCCGCUUUCACUGGUGCUGCUACGUCCUGUGCGAGGAGUGCCGUCUCACAGAGUGGGUCAACGUGUGCAAGUAG